GGGAAUCAAGCAGUUUCAGAAAACAGACAAGUUUGUAGUGAAAUCCUAGUAAUUUCUGCUGGAAAUAGUGAUCCAAUCAGAGAAUCCAAAAAUGGGUUUCAAGCCAUGGAUUUGGUAUUGCAGGCCAGUGGAGAAUGGAGUUUGGGCAAAUCAAACAGAGAGUGCUUUUGGAUCAUACACGCCCUGUGCCUUAGAUUCUGUAGUGGGGUGUGUGUCCCAUUUGGUUCUUCUGGGAUUGUGUUUAUAUAGAAUAUGGUUGACUAAGAUGGAUUACAGGAUCCAGAGAUAUCGAUUGAGGUCAAAUUUGUACAAUUAUUUUUUGGCAUUGCUUGCUGGGUUUUGCGCUGCUGAGCCCAUGUUCAGACUGAUUUUGGGCAUUUCACUUUUCAAUCUGGAUGAACAGAGUGGUCUGGCUCCAUUUGAGAUGCUAUCAUUGGGUAUUGAGGCACUUGCUUGGUUCUCAUUAGUGUUUAUGCUGGGCUUGGAGACAAAAAUUUACAUUAGAGAGUUCCGGUGGUAUGUCCGAUUUGGACUAGUUUAUGUUUUGGUAGCAGAUGCUGUAAUGUUCAAUUUGAUAUUUUCACUGAGGGAUUUUUAUACAAGGUCGAUACUGUAUCUAUAUUGCUCUACACUUGUGUUCCAGGUUUUGUUAGGAGGGCUGCUUCUUGUUUAUGUCCCUCAUAUGGAAUCCUACCCUGGCUACAUCCCAUUGUCUGGUGAAUCUGCUGAUGAAAAUAAACAUGAAACUUUUCUUGGAGGAGACAUUUGUCCAGAGAGACAUGCCAAAUGGCUAGACAGCAUAUAUUUUGGAUGGAUGACCCCCCUCAUGCAGCAAGGUUACAAAAGACCAAUAACUGAUAAGGAUGUUUGGAAGCUGGAUUCCUGGGAUCAGACUGAGACACUGAUUAAAAAGUUCCACAAAUGUUGGGCUGAAGAAUCUCAAAGACCAAAACCAUUGCUUCUACGGGCAUUGAAUUGUAGCCUUGGAGGCAGGUUUUGGUAUGGUGGCUUCUUCAGGAUUGGAAAUGAUAUUUCCCAGUUCAUAGGGCCCAUGAUACUAAAUCAUCUCUUAACGUCAUUUGAACGAGGAGAUCCAGCUUGGGUUGGUUAUGCCUAUGCCUUUUCAAUUUUUAUUGGAGUGUCAUUUGGAGUUCUUUGUGAAGCUCAGUACUAUCAGAACGUCAUGCGUGUUGGUUUCAGGCUAAGAUCAACUUUGGUAGCUGCUAUUUUUCGGAAAACUUUGAGGCUAACACAUGAGAGUCGCAAGAGCUUCCCAUCCGGAAGAAUAACAAAUAUGAUAACAACCGAUGCUAAUGGACUUCAGCAAAUAUGCCAACAACUUCAUGGCUUAUGGUCAGCUCCAUUUCGAAUUACGAUAGCCAUGGUUCUUCUAUACCAGCAAUUAGGGGUGGCGUCACUUCUUGGUUCUCUUAUGUUGGUUCUAAUGUUUCCCAUUCAGACUUUUAUUAUAAGCAAGAUGCGAAAACUAUCCAAAGAAGGACUUCAGCGUACUGACAAAAGAGUUGGUCUAACCAAUGAAAUUUUAAUGGCCAUGGAUGCGAUUAAAUGCUAUGCAUGGGAGAAGAGUUUUCAGUCUAAGAUCCUGAGCAUGAGGAAUGAUGAACUGUCAUGGUUCAAGAAAGCACAGUUGCUAGCAGCGUGUAACACUUUCAUAUUAAACAGCAUCCCGGUUCUUGUAACUGUGGUUUCGUUUGGAAUGUUCACUUAUCUUGGUGGAGAUUUGACACCUGCCCGGGCGUUUACCUCUCUUUCUCUGUUUGCGGUUCUGCGUUUGCCCUUGAACAUGCUUCCCAACUUGAUAACUCAGGUGGUAAAUGUAAAUGUAUCACUACUACGACUGGAGGAAUUGUUCCUAGCUGAAGAAAGAAUCCUUUCAUCAAAUCCACCUAGUGAACCAGGGCUUCCAGCCAUUUCAAUCAAGGAUGGAUACUUUUCAUGGGAUCCUAAGGCUGAAAGGCCCACCUUGUCAAACAUAAAUCUGGAUAUACCGGUGGGCAGCCUUGUAGCAGUUGUUGGCGGCACUGGAGAAGGAAAGACAUCUCUAAUAUCAGCAAUGCUUGGGGAACUUCCUGCUUCAGGAGACACAAACGUUGUCAUUAGAGGAGCUGUUGCUUAUGUUCCUCAAAUUUCUUGGAUAUUCAAUGCCACAGUGCGAGAAAACAUACUGUUUGGGUCUAGCUUUCAACCUGCCCAAUAUUGGAAAGCUAUAGAUGUUACAGCAUUGCAGCAUGAUCUUGAUUCACUUCCAGGUCGUGACCUUACAGAGAUAGGUGAAAGAGGAGUUAAUAUCAGUGGAGGACAAAAGCAGAGAGUCUCUAUGGCAAGGGCUGUAUACUCUAACUCUGAUGUAUACAUAUUUGAUGACCCCUUGAGUGCUCUAGAUGCACAUGUUGGACGGCAGGUUUUCAACAAAUGUAUUAAGGAGGAAUUGCAAGGAAAAACAAGGGUGCUUGUGACAAACCAGCUACAUUUUCUUCCACAGGUGGAUAGAAUUAUUUUGAUAUCUGAAGGUACAGUGAAAGAGCAGGGCACCUUUGAGGAGCUUUCCAGAGAUGGGACGCUUUUCCAAAAGCUAAUGGAGAAUGCAGGAAAAAUGGAAGAACACAUUGAAGAAAAUGGAGAUGUGACAAUUACUAGCUGUGAAUCUUCACAAUCUUUUGGCAUACUGCAUGAGCAGCAAAAGGACACAGACUCAAUGAGUAAAAGGAAGGAAGGUAAAUCUGUUCUAAUCAAGCAAGAAGAGCGAGAGACAGGUAUUGUCAGCUGGAAAGUCAUAACAAGGUAUGAAAAAGCUUUAGGUGGCAUAUGGGUUGUCAUGGUGCUGUUCAUGUGCUACACGCUGACUGAAGUUCUUCGAGUUCUAAGUAGCACAUGGUUAAGCAAGUGGACAAAGGAAAGUGCUGCAAAGAACUAUGGAGUGGGUUUCUAUGUUCUGGUUUAUGCAUUUUUAUCUUCUGGUCAGGUGCUGGUGGCAUUGGCAAACUCAUUUUGGUUGAUAAAAUCAAGUCUCAAUGCAGCUAAAAGACUCCAUGAUUCUAUGUUACAUUCAAUACUUAAGGCUCCAAUGGUUUUCUUCCACACUAAUCCAACCGGGCGAAUUAUAAACAGAUUCUCGAAGGAUAUUGGUGAUAUUGAUCGUAAUGUUGCCAAUUUUGUAAAUAUGUUUCUUAAUCAACUAUGGCAGCUUCUGUCAACGUUUGUGCUCAUUGGCGUUGUAAGCACUGUAUCCCUCUGGGCCAUCAUGCCACUUCUGAUUGUAUUUUAUGCAGCCUACUUGUAUUAUCAGAGUACGUCUCGGGAAGUGAAGCGUCUAGAUUCCAUUACCAGGUCUCCUGUGUAUGCACAGUUUGGAGAAGCUUUAAAUGGUUUAUCAACCAUUCGUGCAUAUAAAGCAUAUGACCGGUUGGCAAACAUCAAUGGAAAAACUAUGGACAAUAAUCUCAGGUUCACUCUUGUGAAUAUAAGUUCCAAUCGCUGGCUCACCAUAAGGCUGGAAAGCCUUGGAGGUAUUAUGAUCUGGUUGACAGCAACCUUUGCAGUAUUGCAGAAUGGAAGAGCAGAAAACCAGGUUGCAUUUGCAUCUACAAUGGGUCUGCUGCUUAGUUAUUCUUUAAACAUUACAAAUUUGUUGGGUACUGUUUUAAGACAAGCAAGUAGGGCUGAAAAUAGUUUGAAUGCUGUUGAGCGUGUGGGAACAUAUAUUGAUUUACCAGCUGAGGCUCCGGAUAUUAUCGAAAGCAAUCGGCCACCACCUGGAUGGCCUUCAGCAGGACUAAUCAAAUUUGAAGAUGCUGUCCUCCGCUACAGGCCUGGGCUCCCUGCUGUCCUACGUGGCUUGUCUUUCACAAUCUCCCCAACUCAGAAGGUCGGCAUAGUUGGAAGAACUGGUGCAGGAAAAUCCAGCAUGCUCAAUGCUUUAUUCCGGAUUGUAGAACUUGAAAGAGGGAGAAUCUUGAUUGAUGGUUGUGACAUUUCAAAGUUUGGAUUGACCGACCUACGUAGAGUUCUUAGCAUUAUACCACAAUCACCAGUUCUUUUCUCUGGAACUGUGCGAUUUAAUCUUGAUCCCUUCAAUGAACACAGUGAUCUUGAUCUCUGGGAGGCAUUAGAGCGAGCACACCUAAAGGAUGUCAUUCGGAAAAGUGCGUUUGGUCUGGAUGCCGAGGUUUCAGAAGGAGGUGAGAACUUCAGUGUUGGACAGAGGCAGUUACUCAGUCUUGCUCGAUCACUACUUCGGAGAUCAAAGAUUCUCGUCCUUGAUGAAGCAACUGCAGCUGUUGAUGUUAGAACUGAUGCAAUAAUCCAGAAAACUAUUCGAGAAGAAUUUAAGUCAUGCACAAUGCUCAUUAUUGCUCACAGGCUAAAUACUAUCAUUGACAGUGACGGGAUCCUGGUGCUUGAUGCUGGUCAGGUAGUGGAAUAUGAUGCACCUGAGAAGCUGCUUCUCAGUGAAGGAAGUGCUUUCUCAAAGAUGGUUCAAAGCACUGGAGCUGCAAAUGCCGAGUACUUACGCAGCUUAGUACUGAGAGAUGAACAAGAGAACAAAUUGAAAAGAGAGUCCAUGCACAUUAUCGGACAGGGGAAUUGGCUGGUAACUUCCCACUGGACAGCUGCAGCCAGACAUGCUGUUGCUAUUAAUCUUGUUUCUGCUUUGAAGGAUCUCCAGGUAGCAGAAUUUGAUGAGUCAAACAACAUUGUACAUGAAACUAGGGAUGCAAUUGUAACUCUGCAAGGAGUCUUGGAAGGGAAGCAUGACGAACAAAUUGAAGAGACACUAAAUAAUUAUGCAGUUCCAAGAGAUAGAUGGUGGUCUGCCCUCUACAGAGUUAUAGAAGGACUUGCUGUAAUGAGCAGGUUGGCACGUAAUGAUAUUCAGCAUUUUGAGAAUGCUUUUGAAGCCGCAUCUGAAAAUUGGGACCAAGUUGAAAUGUAGAGACCAUAGUUCUGGAAUUUGCAUAUUGAGAUGGGAUUGGCACAAAAGAGGUGCCAAAAUUGCGUAGUCAAGAAAAGGGUAAACAGUUCUGGUGAAUACUGAACAUUUAGUCACUUACUAAGCAGUUUCCGUGUGCAAUUGCUACCUCUGUGUUUGUCAUAGUUGAGAAUAGAGAUCAAACACCAGCAUCCAUCUGGCUUUAGAAGCCAACCAUCAAGAGCUCUGCUCUUUCUUUCUUUUUUUGUUUUGGGGUAACUUCAGGAGCUCUGUAUCAAGAACCCACAUUUUGUCUACAUUAAGAAAAAACUGUUCAUUUUGCUCUA